ACUUUUUUCUUUUUUUUUCUUUCUUGUUAAAAGACGUUCCAGUCCCCGUCGGGCAGCGCUUUUGUGGCUGUCCCCUUAUUACACGGCCAAAAAGCCACCUACACGGCCAAAAAGUCACCUAGUUAACAGAGGUCAUUUUAUCCGGCAGGAGUCUCGGCGGUGGUCUUGAUUGAUGGCCUUUCAAGACGCCAGUUUUGUGACAAAAUUCGUCUCCCCGGUGACGGAGGCUCGAUUGAAGACGGCCUCAGCCUCGUCGCGAUCGUCGUUCUCUUUCCCUGCCCGAGUUCGACUGACGGGGACGGGAUUAGGAGGAGGCGGAUGUUUAGUCCUUCGCGUUCUUGCUGUUGUGGACCAUAACAACGGCGGCGGCAGCGGCAGCGGCGUUGGCAGCGGCAGCAGCAGUAAUGGCAAUGGUAAAGAUGCGAAGAAAGUGGCUGCAGUGUCCAAUUCCAACUACGUGGUGCCACUGGACAAGCCCUCCUCCUGCAUUACCCGCCCUCUGGCCGAGAUCCUCAGAGACCUUAACAAGAGGAUCCCCGAUAACAUCAGAAGACCUCAACAUUCCACCUUUAUCCCCUGGUACCAUGCCAACCGAAUGUUGAGCUUCUAUGCGCCUGGUUGGUGCGGGGAAGUACGUGAUGUCAUAUUAUCCGACACUGGGAGUGUGACUGUGGUGUAUCGUGUUACUAUACGAGGAUCUGAUGGCGAGGCACACCGUGAGUCCAGUGGGACAAUAUCAUCCAGUGAUGCCCAACAUAUCGUGGAUCCAGUGGCUGCUGCGGAGGAAAUAGCUUUCUGCAGAGCAUGUGCUCGGUUCGGCCUUGGAUUAUAUCUAUACCACAAAGAAUAGAUGUUAUACACGAUGUUAAGUUAUGCAUGCAUGUCAAGUUGCUGCUCUACUUGGUGCGAAUAAAACGUACCCGACAUAAUCCUUUCAAUUGAUGUAUAUAUUUAAUA